AUGUUCACCAAGUUAUCGGCUGGAAUUCGUAUAAGUGCAAAAAAAUCGAACGAACGAAAAUCUAAAAAUCAAUCAUCAUCAACCACAACAGCCACAACAGCCACAACGCGUAACCACGACAGCCACCAUCAGUCAUUCUACAAGAACAUUUUUAAGACGAGCUCACAAAAAUUCUGGAAAGCAAACGCCGAGGUAUCAUCGCAAUCGCCAGCAACCUUCUCAACCUUUGGCGAAGUUAAGAGAACCAGAAGUUUACCAGGCAACCACGAAGUCUGUACUGCCCCGAAGACAGCUGACGAUCGAUGCCAGUCGAAAUCGCUCAAAAAUUCAGCCAAAAAUUUGGAUAGACUAGAAAAUGAAAAUUAUGAGCUGUUAUCCUUUGCUAACGGAUCAAACGGAGCCGAGAGGUUGAUGAAGCUGAAUGAAAGAAUACAAAAAGAGGAAAGGUUGAGAGAUGGUGCAGAUAAGCUUUUAACCCAUUCUUUCAGUCAGUGCUAUGGUAACUGCUUAUGUUUCCACUACCACUCCAAUUAUGACUUCUACAAUUAUUUGAACCACUACAGUUGCCGCUGCUGUCGCUACUACAGCUCCUACGCCUACUUUUAA